UCGAGUCUUAGCCGCCAAACUCAACGAUAACGAAGACACUUAUCAAUUGUGAUGUGACUAUGUUCGAUUGUAUGUGGUUAAGUAUGGUUUCAAUGUAAAUAUAAGUUUCAGGAUUCGUAAAGAUGAACUGUUCGUUGGUAGAAGAUACUCUGCUUGAGUCUCUCCGCUUUACAUCUUACGAACACUUCAACUGUUCUUUGCUCAAUUCUACAUUUUAUCCCUCCAUCAACAUUUACAGGGAUGGAGAAGGUCUGUACGAGGUGCCCGUGGGCCUGGUGGUGCUACUAUCAUGUUUCUACGGCACCAUCUCCGUGGUGGCUGUAGUGGGGAACUCUCUGGUGAUGUGGAUCGUCGCCACAAGUCGUCGAAUGCAGAAUGUUACAAAUUGUUUCAUAGCUAACCUUGCUCUGGCUGAUAUAGUCAUUGGACUAUUCGCCAUCCCGUUCCAGUUUCAAGCGGCCCUGCUACAGAGGUGGAACCUGCCCUACUUCAUGUGUCCGUUCUGUCCCUUCGUGCAAGUCCUGACGGUCAACGUGUCUGUCUUCACCCUCACCGCUAUCGCUGUGGACAGACAUCGUGCCAUACUCAAUCCGCUCAGUGCUCGGCCCUCAAAACUGCGUGCCAAGUUGUCUAUUGCCUGUAUUUGGAUGGUGGCUGGUAUCUUGGCUACUCCUAUGGCUAUUGCACUCAGGGUAGAAAUAGUGGAUGAAGUCGACUCCCAGGGUAGACUGGUGUACAAGCCGUUCUGUUACAACGUCAACAUGCCGGACGAGGCAAUGCUGAGCUACAGGUUUGUGCUGUUUUUCGUGCAGUACUUCACCCCGUUGUGCGUCAUCUCUUGUGUUUACGUGCGAAUGGCGCUGCGACUUUGGGGUUCCCGCGCUCCCGGGAACGCUCAGGACAGCAGGGAUGCCAAUCUCAUGAAAAACAAGAAAAAGGUGAUCAAGAUGCUUGUGAUUGUGGUGGCACUGUUUGGUCUCUGUUGGCUGCCUCUUCAAACAUACAACGUACUACAAGACGUCUUUCCUGAAAUUAACAAGUACCGCUACAUAAACGUCAUCUGGUUCUGUUGUGACUGGCUAGCGAUGAGCAACAGUUGCUACAACCCAUUCAUAUAUGGAAUCUACAAUGAAAAGUUCAAGAGAGAGUUCAAGCAGCGGUUCCCGUGUCACAGAAAGUGGCUGGGUACAGACAGUAUAGACAUGGACAAGACAUACCUCGGAGCUCGCAGUUCUGUACACUCAUCGCACAACAGUCCUCACCUGACGGCGCAGUCUACACCGCAGUCACAGAGGUACGACUGGCACGGGUACAUCAGGAACCACAACGGGUCACAGUACAGGGCGGCCAGCACACGGGCCAAGGAUCUGUACGUGUUUACCAACAAGAACACCACAGUGGUAAGACACGCCAGCAGCACGGAGCUGGAGGAGCUCUGUCUGUAGAAGUGAUGAGGAAUAUAACCGUAUGAAAAAUAUGGGAGGCCAACGAGAUUAUCGGUAUCAGUAUCUCGACACGUUUGAUCAGAGAUCAGAAAGAAGAUGAUCAAGAUGACUCCCGUCGCCUAUACGAAAGGUAAAUGAAAGACCGUCGCUUCAAGAAGAGGAGAUGGAUGAAAUGAUUGCUUCGAAAUGAUAUUUAGGACACGAAAUUGCUGAUUUGAUCAUAUAUAACAAUCGGAUCAUUAAUGUCUACACUGAAUGAAAACAUAACUAGCUAAUAUGUUUCAAUAGAAAGAUCACAUGAGUUUCUAUCGUAGCAGUAAUACUACAUGUGUUGUGCCCUAGCUCAAUUUACGGAGAACCUUUACAUUGGCUCCUCAAGACGAUACAAUGUAUUAUAAAUUGACCACUGUGUUUUGUAUAAGUUUAUGCUCGUAACCCGGCAAGUCAUGUUCUUUAAUUUCCAUUGGUAGGAAACCAUUAUUUGAGUAAAUUUAUUUGUUUACAGGUAAAGUGAAAGAAAAUAUUAGCUACACUGAAUACAAAUACAGGUAGCAUAGACUUAUUCUGGAGGAAAAACAUAUUUAAGCACAUCGGAUAAACAUCUUGAAUCGAGAUAACGAGAUGUCCAAAACUAAAACUAUCUAUUGUGGUUUCCAAAAUCCAAAUAUUCUUAGCGACACAUUAAGUAUGUCAAUAAUAUAUUACUUGAAAAUUGUUUGAGCUAAAAGACCAAAACCUAUUUUGCUUUUCUGUUAAACUCUUUUUGACCCGAAAUGAAUUCAAAUAUUUUCACUUUAAUUCCUUGUUUACAGUUAUUGCGUUCCUUACAUUAUAUCUAGAAUAUAAAACGUAUACGCAUACGAAAUGCCAAGUAGUUUAUAUUAGUUGAUGAGUCGGUGGCUUAAUCGGUAACGACUUCGGGCCCAAGGCAGUCAAGUCGUGGGUUUUCUUAUCCGCUAUCGCUCGCCCCCUUGCUAUGUUAAAUAUUCCACGCACAGGCCCAUGGCAUAAUGUGGACGAGAAAAUACAUCGUUACAAGAGGCCGCCAACCUCUUAAAAGUACUGCACACAGGCCUGACUAACAGAAAAAUAGUUUUCACUCAACAUGUAUUUUAAGAUUAUAUCAAUGGUUCAAUGCUUAACAAUAUUUUGUAUUCAAGGAAAAAAACACAAAAAGGAAUUAGGUUUGUAAAAGAAUUGUAAAUUCUCGUUCAACGAUAUUGCAUAUCACUCGUAAACAAAGUUAAAAUAGUUAAUUUAUACAUAGAUACUUAAGGCACUUCUUUGUGAUUAGUUAUACAUGAGGAAAGAUAAAAUAACGAGAAAUAUUGGUAUUUCAUGUUAUUGUUGAUGUUGAUUCUUGGUACUAUUAAAAAACAAACGGUUUAUAUUUUCAUAAGAGGGAUUUACGUCUUAAAAGUUAGGAAAUGAAAGCAUAGUAAAUGUUAUAUAAAUUAUAAUAAUUUACCGACAAGGGUAAUUUUUUUAUC